AUGGGGGGGGGUUGGAGGGCCACAGGGCCACUGUCGUACCAGGGAGUAGAGAAUAAGCGCGCGCAGGCGUGGGACGAGGCCGCGGAGGUGCCCCUGGUCGUGAGGCGAGACCCAACGGGGAGGUUCGGGGGGCCGGCGUUGGUGCAUCCCGCGGACGCGGCGGCGCUCGGGCUUCCUGAGGAAGGCGGGCACGUCGUCAGGGCGCCCGGCUCCGAUGCUGUCGUGCUGGUGCGCCCCGACCCCACAGUGGAGCCUGGCACCAUAUGCAUCGACCAGGCCUCGGCGCGGAACCUCCACAUCGCCGAGGGAGACACGAAGAAUUUCAAGCAGUUCGACCUGGCAUCCAUCUCAGACGCGCACGGCGGCCACGGCAGCAUCCACCUCGUCGAGCUCUCCCUCGAGGUUCGCGGCCGCCUCCACCGCGACGACGCAAGCGACCACACGGACGCCGCAUACGACGCUGCUGACCACGGCGCAAUGGACGCGUCUGACAGCGACGACGAGGACCCCGCGGACGCUCGCAAAGCCCGCGAGGCUCCGAGCGCGGUCGACGCGGACGCCGUGGCGCGGGCGUUCUGUGCGCAGCAGCUAGGUCGCGUCGUGAGUGCCAACAUGCUGACUGUGGUGGACGUGGCGGGGUGCGGGGCGCUGGUGGUGCGCGUGGCGCGGACAGACACGAUGGACGCCGCGGAGCAGGAGGAGGCCGCGUUCACGUACCACUGCUUCCGCGGCGUGCUGUCCCCGGACACGCGUGUGGACGUAGGGGUGUUUGAGGGGUGUGGGGUUGACGUCAGGGGGGGAGUCGACCCCGCGGAGCGCGCUGCGGGGGCGCAGGCUGCGGCGCGACGCGGGGAGAUCGUCGUGCAGACGACCGACGGCGAGGGCGGUCGCGGCGACCCGUUCGUCGUGCGCAGGAAGCUUCUGCGGCCGUGCAUUCGGCUCACGGGCGUGGUGCGCGGCGAGAGCGCGGGGGAGGAGCGCGACGAGGUCGCCGUCAACGUCGACACGCUCACAUUCGACCGCGUCCUGAUUUUCCUGGAGGCUCUGCAUGCGGGGCGCGACCCGCCCGACUACGGAGUGCACUACCUGGACGACUUGAUGGCGGCGGCGGAGGAGCUCGGGCUGCGGCCGCUGGCGGAGUACGUGUCGGACAAGCGCGGGCACAUGCAGGCGCGCAUCCGCGAGUGGGCGCUCGAUGAGAUCUUCGCGGCCAACAACGCGGGCGGCUGCCUGCUCCUGGUGGACGGCAUGGUGCUCGACGUGCAGCGCUGGCUGCCGGAGCACCCGGGAGGGUCGACCAUCAUCCCGAAGCAGGCCCUCAACGUCGACUCCACUGUCUUCUUUGAACUAUACCACGCCUCGAGGGAGUCGUUCCUGUACCUGCGCGAGUUCUACGUCGGCGAGCUCCGUGCGGCUGACCUCAGCGAGGUGCCGCCGCCCCGGCAGGGCGAGGGCAGCGCGCACGAGCCCUCGCAGCACUUUUUGGAGCAGCUUGCAGCGUUCACGCCCUGGCGGAUGGGCAGCGGGGCCGCGGCGCGCAAGGCGAAGCUGCACCUGGGGGCCUGA